AAGGUGCUCACGCCCCGGGUCUCCUGGAGCGAGAUCUGCCUGCACUCGCAGGAGUCGCUGGACGACCCCUCCUCGCCGCCGCACACGCCGAUGGCCCGCACGCAGCGCAGGCCCGCCUCGCCGCCGAGGAGGAGCUUCUGCAAGCGGAGGCCACCGUCGAGCGAACUGCGCGGCCUCGCGGCCGCGCCCGCGGCGCCAGGAAGCACCGCCGUCGCCGCCCUGGGCGGCCGCGACCAGAACGAGGGCCGCUUCGAGCGGGAGUUCUGCGGCGUUGUCGCCAUCGGCAGAGGCCAGUUCUCCACGGUGUACCGCGCACAGCACAGGAUCGACCGGUGCGCGUACGCCGUGAAGAAGACGUCCAAGAUCUCGGCGCACGGCCUCAGCCGCGUGGAGCUCCGCGAGGUUUUCGCCCUGGCCAACGUCUCGUCGGAGGCGGAGGGCUGCCGGAACAUCGUGCGCUACUACUCUUCCUGGGUAGAGGACGGCCGCCUCCACAUUCAGACCGAACUGUGCCAGUGCUCCCUGCGGGACAAGCUGACCCAGAAGUUGUCGACGCACCCGGAGGACCCGCGGUUCAAGGAGCCCGAGGUGGCCAAGGUGCUUCAUGACACAGCCACAGGCCUCGGCGUGCUGCACAAGUGCAACUUUGCCCACCUGGACGUGAAGCCGGACAACAUCCUCGUGAGCUCCAGGGAGCACGAGGAGGGCUGCUACAAGAUCGCGGACCUCGGCCUCGCGGCGGCCGCCAUAGGCAGCGGCUGCGACGACAUCUGCGAGGGCGACUGCCGCUACCUCGCCAAGGAGGUGUUGCGCGGCAACCUUACGGACCUGCCCCGUGCGGACGUCUUCUCCCUCGGGGUGGUGUGCUACGAGCUGGCCACCAACCCGAAGCCGCUGCCCUGCAACGGCGACGACUGGCAGCGGCUCAGGGACGGCAGGCUCGACGCGGGUCCGCUGGCACCUCUCGG